CUUAUUUAUUUAUACAAAAUUUGGAAGUUGGCUGAACACUUGCACAUGUUGACGCUGCGUAUCCAAACUUCCAAACACCAGCAUCGAUCGUCGGCGUAAUUUGUGUAAUUUUACGGAGAUGGAGAAGAGAAGAUGAGCUCCUUAUAUACACACACGUAUUACAGAAGCUGAUAAUAAAGAAUGGAGAAUAUCGUUCUAAAUUGAGCACACAUAGAGAUCUUCUACAUCAAUGGCGUCUCUGAGGAGUUUACUUGGUGGAUGCAUUUGUGAGGAUGAAUGUGAUUUGGAAUCACCAGAAAGUCAAAGGAUCAUCUUAGAUUUGUUGAACUUGCUGUUUGUCAUCGUCUUCUGUUCGAAUUUAUUAGUUGUUUAUCUGAAGAAACGUGGAGUAAGAGAGAAUCGAUACAGGAGAAGCGACUGGAUUUCUGUAUCAGUCGCUAUCUGCUGUUUUCUAAUCGGCGGUGCUUAUCUUGGCCAUUGUUUAUGGGAAGUGAUUGCUAGAACUAGGAGCUUCAAUUGUUCAGAUUGGGUGAUGAACAUUGGUAGGGUACUUAUAUGGUUAACUUUGACAGUUUCAUUGCUUGUAGAAAGAUCAAAAUUCAUCAAAACUUUGGUCUCUGUUUGGUGGAUGUUACUAUUUGUGUUUAUGUCCACCAUAGAAAUCGAGAAUUUAGUAGAGAAACACAGCAUCUUAGUGUUGGAGAUUAUAGAAUGGAUAGCUAGCUUCUUUCUUUUCUUCUGUGCUCUGAGAAAUGGCAAAGAAUUUGUCACUCAACAGACACCAAACACCUUAUUAGAUCCUCUAUUGGCAAACGAAACCAAGGAAGGGAACACAAAUCAACUAAAAGAGCCUAGUUUUUUAAGCAAAUUGGUAUUUUCUUGGGUUAACCCUUUAAUUUCCUUAGGUUAUAGGAAGCCACUAGUUCUUGAAGACAUUCCCUCUCUAGCACCUAAAGACCAAGCUAUAGUUGCCUAUAACCAAUUCAAAACAGCAUGGGACUCACUUCAAAGGGAGAAGACCUCAAAUGAUGCUAACCUAAUUGUCAGGGCAUUAAAAAGAGUUUAUUGUACUGAAAUGGUAUUGCUAGGAAUUUAUGCAUUGCUUAGAACUAUUGCAGUCAUAGUGGGUCCUUUGUUACUCUAUGCCUUUGUUAACUAUUCCAAUCAGGAGAUAGAAAAUUUACAAUACGGACUCCUAUUAGUAGGAUGCCUGAUUGUAGUCAAGGCAGUUGAAUCUUUAUCACAAAGACACUUUUUCUUUGAUGCAAAAAGAACAGGCAUGAGGAUGAGAUCAGCUUUAAUGGUGGCAGUAUAUGAGAAACAACUAAAGCUUUCUAGUUUAGGGAGGAAAAGACAUUCUACAGGGGAAGUUGUAAACUACAUUGGUGUUGAUGCAUACAGAAUGGGUGAAUUCCCUUUAUGGGUUCAUGUAGCUUGGACUUCUUUCAUCCAACUCUUUUUAGCCAUUGGUGUCCUGUUCUCUGUAGUAGGAGUUGGUGUUCUCCCUGGAUUAGUUCCUCUCCUCCUGUGUGGGCUUCUAAACGUGCCAUUUGCAAUAGCACUUCAGAAAUGUCAACUUCAGUUUAUGGUUGCUCAAGACAAGAGACUAAGGUCAACUUCUGAGAUCCUAAACAAUAUGAAGAUCAUUAAAUUACAAUCAUGGGAAGAGAAAUUCGAGGGUUUCAUUGAGUCUUGUAGAGAAACCGAAUUCAUAUGGCUAAGUGAAUCUCAAUAUAAAAAGGCUUAUGGUUCAAUUUUGUAUUGGAUGUCACCAACUAUCAUUUCUUCAGUCAUUCUAUUCGGGUGUGCAUUUUUCAAGAGUGCCCCUUUGAAUGCUGCCACAAUUUUCACAAUUUUGGCAACUUUAAGAACAAUGUCUGAGCCAGUCAAAUACUUUCCACAAGCUCUUUCAAUGUUGAUCCAGAGUAAAGUUUCAUUCGAUAGGAUCAAUUCCUUUCUGGUGGAGAAUGAGCUAAAAAAUGAUGGGAUCGGAAUCAUCCAUUCCGACAUUCAGAAACAUUCAGGUACCUGUAUUAGUAUACAACAUGGCAGUUUCAGUUGGGAUCCGGAAUCACCCUUUCCGACUCUAAAAAACAUAAAUAUAGAAGUUACUAGGGGACAGAAAGUUGUAGUUUGUGGGCCAGUUGGUGCUGGAAAAUCAUCACUAUUGUAUGCUAUACUCAGAGAAAUAACCAAAACUUCAGGAAAUGUGGAUGUUUUUGGAUCAGUUGCUUAUGUUAGUCAAGCUUCAUGGAUUCAAAGUGGGACAAUUCGGGAUAACAUACUUUUUGGGAAGGGCAUGAACACAAUCAGAUAUGAGAAUGCCAUAAAAUCAUGUGCUCUAGACAAGGAUAUUAAUGAUUUCAACCAUGGUGAUCUAACAGAAAUAGGUCAAAGGGGACUUAAUAUGAGUGGUGGGCAAAAACAGAGGAUUCAACUCGCCCGAGCAGUCUACAGUGAUGCUGACAUAUAUCUUCUUGAUGACCCUUUCAGUGCUGUAGAUGCUCAUACAGCAGCAACUCUUUUUAAUGAUUGUGUUAUGACUGCUUUAAGGGAGAAAACAGUCAUUCUUGUCACUCAUCAAGUGGAGUUUCUCUCAGAGGUUGACAAUAUUCUGGUGAUGGAAGAUGGUGAAAUUACUCAAUCGGGUCUCUACAAUGAACUCAUAAAAGCAGGGACAGCUUUUGAGCAGCUUGUGAAUGCUCACAAGAAUGUAAUAACAGAAUUGGAGUCUUCAUCUUAUGAAAAGAAAAACACCCCUCUAAAAGAAACAAACAGUUUAAACCAUAGAAAUGAAAUUAAUGAAAUAUCAAAGUCAACCGUACAGUUGACUGAAGAAGAAGAGAAGCCAAUUGGUAAUAUUGGGUGGAAGCCUUUCUUGGAUUACAUCGUUAUCUCAGAAGGUGGAUGUUACUUGUUCUUGAGCCUGCUGACUCAGAUUGUUUUUUCUGCUCUUCAGGCUGCAGCUAGUUAUUGGCUAGCUUUUGCCAUUAAAAUUCCUACAAUCAGCAGUUUCAUGUUGAUUGGUGUUUAUGCAUUAAUUUCAACCACAAGUGCUUUUUUUGUUUUUUUGAGAGCUUUAUUCACUACCCUUUUGGGAUUACAAGCCUCUCAAGCCUUCUUCUCAAAGUUUACAAAGUCAAUCUUCAAGGCACCCAUGCUAUUCUUUGACUCUACACCAGUUGGCCGGAUUCUGACACGAGCAUCAACAGAUAUGAGUGUAGUGGAUUUUGACAUACCCUUCUCGUUUGCUUUUGUGGUAAUUUCUGGUAUUGAAUUGCUCACCACAAUCACCAUCAUGGCAUCAGUUACAUGGCAAGUCCUCAUUGUAGGCAUUUUUGCUACAAUAGCUACAAAGUAUUUCCAGGGGUAUUAUCAACCAUCUGCAAGAGAACUUAUCAGAAUCAAUGGAACAACAAAAGCACCUGUGGUAAAUUAUGCAUCCGAAACAUCACAAGGGGUGGCUACAAUAAGGGCGUUUAAAAAAGAAAAAAUGUUCUUCAAAAACUAUUUAAAACUUGUAGAUAUUGAUGCAAGCACUUUCAUUUUCACAAACGCAACAUUGGAAUGGUUGGUGUUGAGGGCAGAAGCACUUCAAAAUCUGACACUUUUUACAUCUGCUUUUUUCCUGGUUUUACUUCCAAAGGGGUAUAUUCCUCCAGGUUUAGUUGGGCUUUCCCUUUCGUAUGCAUUGGCGCUUACAAAUGCCCAUGUGUUUUUAACACGAUGGUAUUGUAGUCUGUCCAAUUAUGUAAUUUCAGUAGAAAGGAUAAAACAAUAUAUGCAUAUUCCACCAGAGCCUCCAGCAACUGUGGAGGAUAAUAGGCCACCACCUUCUUGGCCUUCAAAGGGUAGAAUCGUCUUUCAAGAUGUCAAGAUUAGGUAUCGGCCAAAUGCGCCACUGGUGUUGAAAGGAAUCAGUUGCACCUUCAAGGAAGGGACACGAGUAGGGAUUGUUGGAAGGACAGGAAGUGGCAAAACUACCCUUAUAACUGCUCUUUUUCGUUUAGUAGAACCUGAUAGUGGAAGAAUUUAUAUAGAUGGUUUGGACAUUUGCUCCAUAGGCUUAAAGGACCUCAGAAUGAAACUAAGUGUCAUCCCUCAAGAACCUACCCUUUUCAAGGGUAGCAUACGAACAAAUCUUGACCCCUUAGGACUUCACUCCGAUCAUGACAUAUGGGAGGCAUUGGAGAAAUGCCAGCUUAAGAGCACCAUUACCAGUCUCCCAAACUGUUUAGAUUCAUCCGUGAGUGAUGAAGGAGAAAACUGGAGUAUGGGUCAACGACAGCUGUUCUGUUUAGGAAGAGUGUUGCUUAGGCGAAACAAGAUCUUAAUUCUUGAUGAAGCAACUGCAUCAAUCGAUUCAGACACAGAUGCCACUGUACAAAGGAUUAUAAGGCAGGAAUUCUCAAGUUGCACUGUUGUAACGGUUGCUCAUAGGAUUCCAACUGUUAUAGACAGUGACAUGGUCAUGGUCCUUUCCUCUGGUGAAAUGAUGGAAUAUGAUGAGCCAUCGAAGCUAAUGGAGUCAGAUUCUUAUUUCUCAAAGCUUGUUGCUGAGUACUGGUCUAGCUGCAGGAGAUGAUCCACGGGUAAUUUCUUUUCAACUUGAAAGUAUAAGUAAAUUUUCUUAUUAUUUGUUAUAUGUAUGUAUAUAUGUAUAUGUAUGUGUAUAUAUGUAUACACAUAUACAUAUAUCUGCUAAUUCAUUAUUCUUUAUGAAGAUUUGAACUUGGUAUUUUGGAAAUCUGAAAGAAUAAUAUGCAAGUUAUACAAAAAUUUCGAAAGGGUAUUUUGGGUACUUGUAGAUUGGAUGAAACUCGUUGUCGUUCUUAAGUUUAUUUUCAUUAAUUAUUGUAGUAUAAUUGAUGGUAUUUUAGGCACUUUAAAUGUCCAUCUUUUCUUGUCGGUUAACAACUUAACAUAUUAAUCAUUUUCUUAAAUGACUUGCUUCUUGUGUAUCCUUCAAGUUAAUGUCGGUUACACAGAAUUAAAAUUAUUUAAAUAGAAAAUUUACAAAUAUUUUUUUUAACAGUAACUAUUUCAUUGAAAUUAACUAUUAAAUGGUUUUAAAGCGGC